CCAAUAGAAGGCCAACGAAGGUUCCCAAGCUGUGUGGCCCGAGCGCCGUAUCUCGAAAUUUUCUUCCCAUUUUAACUCCAUACCCUUUCUUCAGUCGGGCAGGUCAGACUUCGUUCAUCAUACCCAUUCAGCCAUCCGCCCUGUAAACUACGAACUCUUUCCCCUUCAUCCAAGCAUCCGUUACUCGUCCCGACUGCUUCUCCACUUGUAUUUCAUACACAGAAGCCGACAAGAUGAUGUCCGCGGCGCGCUUUUCUAGAGCUCUCCCUAGAGCAUCCACAGCAGCUGCGCGAUGGUCUGCACCGAUGCGCAAGCCAUUGGGCUCCAGCUUUGCUCGCUAUGAGUCGACAGAAGGAAAGGUCACAGGCUCCGUGAUCGGUAUUGAUCUGGGUACCACCAACUCUGCCGUUGCCAUUAUGGAAGGCAAGGUGCCCAGAAUCAUUGAGAAUUCUGAAGGUGCCCGAACCACACCGUCAGUCGUUGCUUUUGCACAAGAUGGCGAGCGUCUAGUUGGCGUUGCUGCAAAGCGCCAGGCUGUGGUCAACCCUGAGAACACACUUUUUGCCACCAAGCGAUUAAUUGGACGCAAGUUCACCGACGCCGAGGUUCAAAGAGAUAUCAAGGAAGUGCCCUACAAGAUUGUGCAACACAAUAAUGGAGACGCUUGGGUAGAGGCUCGCGGCCAGAAGUACUCUCCUUCGCAAAUUGGUGGCUUCGUCCUGAACAAGAUGAAGGAGACUGCUGAGGCCUACCUGAGCAAGCCCGUGAAGAACGCUGUUGUCACUGUUCCCGCCUACUUUAACGACUCUCAACGUCAAGCCACCAAGGAUGCCGGUCAGAUCUCUGGAUUGAACGUUCUGCGUGUUGUCAACGAGCCUACCGCUGCUGCUCUAGCCUAUGGUCUUGAGAAGGAGGCCGACCGAGUUGUUGCUGUUUACGAUCUUGGUGGUGGCACUUUCGAUAUCUCCGUUUUGGAGAUUCAGAACGGUGUCUUCGAGGUCAAGUCUACCAACGGUGACACCCACUUGGGUGGUGAAGAUUUCGAUAUCCGCUUGGUUCGCCACCUGGUUGAGCAGUUUAAGAAGGAUUCUGGCAUUGAUCUGUCUGGCGACCGCAUGGCUAUCCAGCGUAUUCGUGAGGCUGCUGAGAAGGCCAAGAUUGAGCUGUCGUCGUCUCUGCAAACUGACAUCAGCCUGCCGUUCAUCACUGCUGAUGCUUCGGGCCCCAAGCACAUCAACUCUAAGAUGACCCGUGCCCAGCUUGAGCAGAUGAUGGAUCCUUUGAUUACCCGAACCAUUGAGCCGGUUCGCAAGGCUCUCAAGGACGCUGGUCUUCAGGCCAAAGAUAUCCAGGAGGUCAUCCUUGUCGGUGGUAUGACCCGCAUGCCCAAGGUCUCUGAGUCUGUCAAGAACAUCUUCGGUCGCGACCCCGCCAAGUCUGUCAACCCGGAUGAGGCUGUCGCCAUUGGCGCCGCUAUCCAGGGUGCCGUUCUCUCUGGUGAAGUCAAGGACCUGUUGCUUCUGGAUGUCACUCCUCUUUCCCUCGGUAUUGAGACGCUCGGCGGCGUCUUCACUCGUCUGAUCAACCGCAACACCACCAUCCCCACCAAGAAGUCCCAGGUCUUUUCUACUGCCGCUGACUUCCAGACUGCCGUCGAGAUCAAGGUCUACCAGGGUGAGCGUGAGCUCGUCAAGGAUAACAAGCUUCUCGGCAACUUCCAGUUGGUCGGCAUUCCCCCUGCCCACCGUGGUGUACCCCAGGUUGAGGUUACCUUCGAUAUUGACGCCGACUCCAUCGUCCACGUCCACGCCAAGGACAAGAGCACCAACAAGGACCAAUCUAUCACCAUUGCAUCCGGUUCUGGUCUGUCUGAUUCUGAGAUUGAGCAGAUGGUUGAGGACUCCGAGAAGUACGCCGAGGAGGACAAGGAGCGCAAGGCUUCCAUUGAGUCCGCCAACCGCGCCGACAGCGUCCUGAAUGACACCGAAAAGGCCUUGAACGAGUUCGCUGACAAGCUCGACAAGACUGAGGCUGAUGGCAUUCGUGAGAAGAUCAGUGCUCUCCGCGAGUUCGUUGCCAAGAGCCAAGCUGGCGAGGGCACUGCGACCGCAGCGGAGAUCAAGGAGAAGACGGACGAGCUCCAAAUGGCCAGCUUGAACCUCUUUGACAAGAUGCACAAGGCCCGCACCGACAGUGGCGAGCAAUCCAGCAGCUCCGAAGCUAGCUCGUCGGAGGCCAAGCCCGAGGAUGAGAAGAAGCAAUAAACAUCCUACUCACACCAUUUUCUUUAAUUGUUCUACUACAUACCAUGCGAGACGGGAAUCGAUAGACGCCAUCUCCUCAUGACCUGUACUUCACCUGUACUCAUAUUUGCUCGCUCUGCUCAUUUCCCCCAGCCUCUUCUUCCGGACUUCGGAACUCAUGUUUGAUAAACUGCGGGCGGACAGGGGCGUUCUGAGAUGAUGAAAAAAGCUUUGACCGCAAUCUGAGAGAUUUUGCGCUUUUCACACGGUUUCUGAUGACACGAUAUGGCAGCAUUGGAAGGUUGGCUCUGGAUGAGCUUAUGUAUAUAAAACGUUACAUCCAAACUAAUAUUACAUCCCCUCU